UUUUGGGACCGGGAGAGCUAUACUUGUGAACCUUGAGGACGCAUGUGGUAAUUGUUUGAUUUGAUUUCCAGUCCGAAGACAGGCACAAAUCUUCUCAAAGCCGUCUUUUUUUUUCUUUUUUUCUUUUUUUUGCGAAUCUAAAGAAGAAGCCGAGUUGAACAGGGGUCGAGAGCUGCGCGGCCGCCGCGCCCACCGCGUGUGCGUAAUACGUACGGCCAUUUCGUAGCAACCCAGCCAGCAAUGCGUAGCCCAGGCGGACUAGCUAGCUCCCGGCCAUUUCGACUGGCCGCCAGGAUCCGGCUCCGACUCGUUAGUGGCUUCGUUGCACCGCCACACCGCCCAAGAGCAGCCGGAGUCGGAGUGGGCAGAUCCUAUAUUUAUAAGCACACCCAACCCUUUCCUUACGAACACACCGCGACAUCGCGACUCUCCUGCGUAGCAGCAAGUUGUGCUCCCAGAAGCUACCUGCGAUCUGGUGGUGAUCGAAGAAGAUGGCGAAGCGCAAGUCGAUGAGAUCCAAGAUGGCGUCCAGGAAGAAACCGGCGCCCAAGCUGGACAUCACCUUCUGCUGCCCCUUCUGCAACCACCCCGACAGCGUCGCCUGCGCCAUCGACCUCAAGCUCUUGGUCGCCAGCGCCGUCUGCUACAUCUGCGAGGAGGCCUACCACACCACGGCGCACUACCUCACCGAGCCCGUCGACGUCUACCACGACUGGAUCGACGCCUGCGAGAAGGCCAACCAAGGCGUCGAACUCCAAGCCCUGGACUCCCACAAACGACAGCGGCGAGUCGGCAGCGACGACGACGACAGCGAUGCCUGAUCGACUGAUCGAGUUUGCUUUCAUGGAUCGAUCGAUACAACGUCAAUCUAGUCCUACGUAGUUUGAUGUUUGAUCGUGUCUCUUGAAACUGUAUUGAUUGGAGCCUGUAGUCCUGAUCGAUCAUAUACCUGUGUUGCUGCGCACUGUGUAGCUCUUGAGUUAUCAUCAUCAGCCAAUCUUGUACGUAUGUACUGAACCUGUGACUGGUUUCGUUGUUGCCUUUUUUUCGACCGACGAGAGUACCUGGUCCUUUUCGAAAUCGAAAGAAAAAAAAGAGCACCUUUUGUCUCUAGAAAAAAAAUUCGCACCGUCAAGAACAAAGACGCCCUGCAAGUUCAGAACCACAAGGGUGAAGCAGACAGGUUCCUCCUGUCAGGAGAAUGAAUCAAUUUCAGCUAGCAGAAUCACAAUAGCUGCUGGAGUUUUCCUAAAUCUAACGUAGA